CUGAGACAUAAGGGUUCGGGUGGUCCCACAGAAACUUAGGUCCCUGGAUUUAAGUUUUCAAUACAAUACAAGGACCCUGAAACUGCCUCAGUAGCAGAUGUAAAACAACAUUUUGGUAAGCCUCUCCUUCUGUUCAGUUUCCAAAUAAUUCUCUUAGCACACCUUCUGAUGUGAACAAUACAUUUAGAGUCGAUAAUGAAUUAUAUCUAAGACUAAUGUUUUGGCAGUUGUGAAGUCCCACCCAAAUGUAAACACCGUAUAAUGUGACUGGCUCUAAUCUGUCAAUGUAAACUCUAGAUAGGGGGAAUCCUGGCCCUGAAGGAGCGUGAGACCCUGAGGAGUCUACUGGACGUUCUCUUAUUUGGCUAUCUCUACUACAUGGCCUUGGAUUGCUCAGCUCUCUUGCAGUUUAUCAGGAACGCUUCUUUAUCUUGGCGUUACCCCUAGUGGAGGCAUCAUUCUUCUUAAACUCCCUCGGAUUUGUAGAAGUUCCAGCUCUGGGCCUUCAUGCUGAUUCAGAAGGGAGUCUGUUGGUUCUGGAGUUAAGAUUCAGGAAAUGUUAAUAGUGAGGACAGAUCAGGAGGUAUGAUAGCAGCAGUUCAGGGUGGGGUGGGAAGAAGUCAUUUGUUAUCUUUAUGUGAUUUCUUAUCUGCCCUUCUCCAUAAGGUCCCAGGGUAGGUUUACAGCAAUGUAAUAUACAUUUUUAAAAAGCAACAACAGGAGAAAACAGUUCCAUUUUAAAAAAAGAAGUAGUAGUAACACCAUUGCAGCUGGAACAGAAGAGUAUAAAGUCAGUGAAGGACUUGGGAAAAACAAAACAAAGUACCUUAACCGUCAAAGGCCAGGGCGUAUGUGUUCAGCAUACAGCAAAAGCUAUACGAGAAAAAUGUUAGACACACCCACCCCUCUGUGGGAAGGCAGUUCCUCAAUUUAGGGCUGUCACAGAGGGGGAAACCCUCCCAGGCUGCCGUUGCCCAGACUUUUGAUGAUGUCAGAACUACCAAGAGAGCCCCCUCUGCCAGUCUUGAGAAGCGAUAGGGAUGGAAGCAGCUUUUGGGGUAUUUGGGAUCUAAGGCUUUAAACACCAAUGUGAGCACCUUGGAUUUGGUAUGGGAGCAAACUGGCUGUUUUAAAAUCAGGGUUAUGUGAGCUCUAAAUGGAACCCUGGCCAGUAACCUGGUUGCUGCAUUUUGGACCAGUUGACUCUACCAAAUUAAGUCUGGAAUGGCAGCCCCGUGAGGAGUGCAUUGCGAUAGUCAUUUCUGGGGGCUGUGUGGAGUUCAGUGGCCAAGUCAUCUCUGCCCAGAAGGGACCACAGCUGGAAAAGCAGCUGUAGCUAGAAAUCAGCACUCCCAGCCCCUAAAACCACCUGAACCUCCAUUGACAGUGUUGGAUACAGGCGCAUCCCACAAGAUGUGGACUUGUUCAUUCCAGAGGAAUGCAUCCCCAUUCAGAAUAGGCAGGCUCUGCACCUCCCAUACUUGAAAACAGAGAACAUCUUUUUAGGAUUUACGUAGCUUCAAUUUAUUGGCCCGCAUCCAAAUGUACUAGCCCCCUUGAAAUGAGCAUCGGAAGCAAGGGAGGUGGUGCAUCUAGAAAGCAGAAGAAAUACAUUUGUGGGGGCAGACAAGAGAUGUGUGGUGUAAACGAGGAAGGACAAGACAACCAUUCCCUGGAAAUGUAUUUCUUCUGGUUAAUGUAAGGCAAUUCUAUUCCCAUCGUUAUUCAUGAGUGCUGACUUGCAGAAUUGACUGCCAGCUAUUGACAUUGCGUUGUGUUAUCUUCCUGGAAUGCAUCUGCAGAAAUUGAAACACAAAAAUGCUAACCAGGCCUCUCCUUAUCUUGUGAAAUCUGCUAGGAGCUCAGACAGAGAUCUGCAGGACUGUGAUGCGUGCAUUUAAAAGAUGGAGGGUACAACAACUAAAACAUGGAAAUUUCUCUCAGAGGACUUGCCAGUUCUAGUUAGCACAUCUGUUAAACUAAGUGUGGUAUCUAAAUGAUCCACUCAUUUAUUUGAAUGAGUCUAGCCCAACACCACCAAAAGGAUUGGCAAAAUGCUGGCAACUCUAAUUACAGUACUGGGUUUCAGAGAGCUGCAAAUCCCAGCAAAAAAAACUUGCUGGGUGACCUUGGGCUAGUAACUGUUUCUCAGCCUAAUCUACCUCACAGGGUUGCUGCAAAGAUAAACCACCUUGAGCUCCUUGGAGGAAAAGUGGGAUGUAAAUGUGUGACAGCCCCUACACUUUAGAACUUCCUGCCUAUUGAUAUCAGGCAAGUGCCUUAGCUGUAUGCUUUUUGGCAUGUGCCUAAAAUGUUUUUGUUUAGGCAGUGGCGUAGCGUGGGUUGUCAGCACCCAGGGCAAGGCAAGUAAUUUGCGCCCCCUAACCCGUGGAUUUGCGCCCCCUAACCAGUGGAUUUGCGCCCCCUAACCCUAACCCCCAGAUGUUGCGCCCGGUGCGGCCGGCCCCCCCUGCACCCCCCACGCUACGCCACUGUGUUUAGGCAAUUCUAUACAGACAUAUAAAACUUACUGUCAAAUAAAUAAAUAAAACACAUGUAACACUUGCUGUGUGAGCAUUUUGAGCUUUCUCAGUUACUAAAAUCAUUUGAGCAAAAUAUGUUGAAUGGCCCAAAGGUUACAGAGUGGCAUCAGCACAUAAAGGAGAUUAUACAAUGAAAACUUGUUUGGCACACCAAAAUUCCAGGUUGAGUCAAAAUGCAGCAUUUAGCACACUGGUUACCAGGGAUCACAUAGGAUGCUGGCGUUACUAUGUACAGGUUAAGUGCAAUUCUGCCACCCAGUGGAAAGCUGAGAUUCCGUAACAUUUUAAAAUAGUUAUCAGUUUCUUUUCAGAUUUUUGUGAGCAACAGCAGGGUAUCAUUGUUGCACAGAGGUCAGAGCCACAGAUUCUUUGAUCAAAGAAAACCCUGUUUUUGUUUUGCAGAGUUUUCGUGGGGACGAAUAUAUACCAUUGCCCUGCCCCCUCAUCUGUUUAGCUUAAAUGGUGGCUUUCUGACCAUAGGAGAUCAUUUCUGCUGUGAAAUAAGUAGCAGUAUGCUGUUUCUGUCCCACUACUCCACUGGUUAUACAUCUUAUAAUGAAUGUUUGCGUUUAUUCAUCUUUCCUAUUGAGAUUCUCUGUGCUGUGCAUGUUUCCAGGAACUGGUAAAAUGCUCCUGUUUCCAUUUUGUUUAAUACAUGAACCAAAAAUGCCCAAUUAUGGCUCAUGUCACAAAGGAAUGUGGAAUGCCUCACCCUACGUAUGAUUGGCUGCCCUCUGUACCACUGUUUUUUCAUUAACUAGAUUCUCAGAAUUAAAUCAAUUUUGAAAUUUGGCUUCCUCCCAAGUAAGCAUGCAUAAGAUUCCAUUUUACUUUUUCAGAAAAUUUGUUGGUAUUCCUGCUGAUUCAGUUGGUUAUUUUAGCUAUUGCUCUGUAGUUGGAUUAAUGCUUUUAUUGUUGUUUGCCAUUUGUAUUCCUUUUGAUAUUUCUAGUUGUGCAAGAUGUCUUCAGUGUGUCCAAGAAAGGCAGAAUGUUUUGGGGUUUUUCCUAGGCAAGAAGGCUGCAGUCUGGAAACUACCUUGGGAGUAAGCCCCACUAAAUUCAGUACUUCUGAUUAGGAUUAUAAAGCAAUUAAAGAGCAGUCGAUGCUGCUAUUUCUGCCCUUCUUGUUAUGCUAAUUUAACUCCUAAAGAAACACAAUUACUUUCCAUGUUUGAUCUUGACUGAAACCUAUUCAGUAACAUUUAAUUACUCAAGAUAUUCUAGACCAGUAGUUCCUCCCUGGACCUUUCCUUUGAAAAAAAUUAAACAUACUGUUUGUACAGGCAGUUCCCUAUUUCCCACGCCACUUUAUUUAGUGAUAUACCCCCGAUUGUGAGUUUAAUAAUUUAGGUCGGAGCAAGGGAUCUCCAAGCACACUUAAUUGCUUAAAUACGUUUGUUUUGGGGGAUUGCUGAGCAUUAACGAAAACUUCGGGGGGGGGGGGGAGCAAGUUCUGCUUUAAUGCCCAGAACAGUCAAAGAAGGCAAUUCUUAAAAAAAAUCUGUGUGUUUUUUAUUAUUUAAAAACCACAUAUUCCUUAUUCGACGAAAUAAGCAAGGAGCCUGGUCAAUAACUAAUGCCACAAAGACAUCCGCAGCGGACACCAAAGCUCCCCUCUAAGCGGCCCCAUGAGGGCAGAAGCCGGAACGCUUCGACCCCGCCCCCUCCUCCCAGCAUGCUCUGCGCCAUGUGCGCGCGCACCCCGUUCCGUUAGCUAAGAUGGCGGCGCCCGCGCUACGAGCCGGCCACCGUUGGCUUUUCGGCCUGAGGGCCGCUUCGCCCCGGCUCCAGGCGCCCGGGGGACGGCGGCAGUCCCACGACCAGCGGCCGCGAGCUCCGGCCAAGGGUCUCUUAGCGGCUCAGCUCGAGCGGGGCCUGUUCCAGGAGAUUUUCCCUCCCCAAGCCGCCGAGGAGCAGCUCCCCGGGUUGUUGGAGGCGGGCCGCCUUCCCGUCACGGCCUACUGCGGCUUCGACCCGACGGCCGACUCGCUGCACGUCGGGCACCUGCUGGCGGUGCAGGGCCUGCUGCACUUCAAGCGCGCGGGCCACAACGUGGUGGCCUUGGUUGGCGGAGCCACGGCGCGCCUGGGAGACCCCAGCGGCCGCGCGGAGGAGCGCGAGGUCCUCCCGGAGGAACGCGCGCAGGAGAACGCGGCCUCCCUCCGCCGGGGGCUCCAGAGGCUCUUCGACAACCACCGCGAGCUCUUCUGGAGCGGGGAAGGGACUCGCCUGGGCCGCGCCGCCGUGCUGGACAACGCCAGCUGGCUGGAGCGCGAGUCCGUGGUGGGGUUCCUGUGCGCCGUCGGGGGCCACCUGCGCAUGGGGACGCUGCUGAGCAGGCAGAGCUGCAAGGCCCGCCUGAGCAGCCCCGGCGGCAUGGGGCUGGCCGAGUUCCUGUACCCGGCGCUGCAGGCCUACGACUUUCUGCACCUGCACCGACACCACGGCUGCCGCAUCCAGCUGGGAGGAGCGGACCAGAUGGGCAACAUCAUGUCCGGACACGACCUCGUCUCCAAGUACGAGAUAAGGAGUUGUGGGGGAGGCCUGCAUUUGGAGCUUAAGCUGGGGUAGCUGGAUGGGGGAGAGGUUAUUACAGAGCAGUAGCUUACAUACCUAAUCAAUAGGGACAGGUGCGUUGCAAGUGAAGAGGCGUGGGGAGGGCAGAGGGAAAGCAAGCAGACAAAGCCAGGGAUCCGUUCUCAACAAAUAGUUGUGCCCUAACGGCCAGCUGAAAUUGGAGCAGUUAGGAACCUAAGAAGAGCCUGCUGGAUCCUGUUAUCAAUAGUGGCCAAUUAGAUCCCUGUGGGAAGUUCAGAGGCAAGAGGCUCCUGAUUGAGCUGGUCUUUUAGCAGAGCUGAUGAAAUGGGCCCAGGUCUUGGAGCUACUCUUAAGCUAAAUUUGAAGGAAUUGACUUUGCCUUCCACCUCACCUCCUGCAGCAGCCUGAUGGAACAGCUGCUGCUGAGGGACACUUGAGAGAAACCGUUGGGAGCCCCUGUUGAGAGUUGAUUCAUUUUUUCAUGUGUAAUCGUUAUUUUACAAAAAUGUUCAUACACUGAGUCAAUAAAACAGUUCACUUAGAUAUAGAAAUAUGAGAGGCAUUUUUUGGAAGUAUUUUUUACCAUUUUUCAAAUUAAAGAAUUGGAAAUUUGAGGGGAUGGAAAACUCUAGUGUACUCCUUUGAAAUAACAAGCUCCUCAGAGUAGUUUCUGAUAUUUAUUAAUUAUAUUUAUAAACUGUCCAUCUAAGGUCUCUGGAGCAAUUACAUAGACAGAAGCAUAAUAAUUGUAAUAUAAUUUCUGUGUAAUAUAAACAGGUACAACUUGAAUCCAGAGAUUGGGUUUUGUUGUUUUCUGGUAUUUGAUACGCGGUCAGGAGAAGAAACAAGCAGUAUUGCCUAAAGUUACUAUACAGCAGGAUUGCGUCUUACAUGGGGGUUAUGGUUUUUUGCAGGGGGGGUAGCGUGUAAAGCUGAAAUUGCAUAUACAGUGGUACCUCGGGUUACAUACACUUCAGGUUACAGACUCCACUAACCCAGAAAUAGUACCUUGGGUUAAGAACUUUGCUUCAGGAUGAGAACAGAAAUCAUGCUUCAGUGACGCGGCGGCAGCGGGAGGCCCCAUUAGCUAAAGUGGUGCUUCAGGUUAAGAACAGUUUCAGGUUAAGAACGGACCUCUGGAACGAAUUAAGUACUUAACCCAAGGUACCACUGUAGUAAAAACAGCCCCCGGAACUGUCCCUGAAUGGGCAAUUUUAUCUUCCAGAGUCAGUGUGAGAUCUCUUGGAACCAGGGUGAUGGCCUUCAGAGCCCAUGCAAGAGUCUCCUAGAGCCCAGUAAGUGAGACAGAGAGCUUAAAAGCUCUUUCCAUGCCAAAAAGUUCUUAAGCUCUCUGCCUUGCAUGCAUUUAAUUUGUGCAGUUGCAGCUCGCUGGCUGUAUAGCUGAGAUGGAAUCCAUAAAAGCUGUGGGCCUACUGUAAACUCCCACCCUGCCCUGGUAUAGGUAUGUUUGGCACUUCAGCAUACAGUAGGCUGCUGCUCCAUCACUAGCACUAGAUAUAUUGAUAAUUAGUUUUUGAAUAACACUUAAGGCAUUUCUACCUUUAAAAUGAAUAAAUAUGAGAAACAGUGCACUAUUAUGUUAUGUUAAGUUCCCAUGGUGACAUCUUUUAUGGAAGUGUUACAUCUCUUGCUCAGCAGGUACAGCACACACCCUUCCCACAGAAGGUCCCAUCAUUGGUUCCCUCUACUUCUAGUUAGAAAGUUAUUGGGUAACUGUACUUGAAAAGGUUACAUGAGACUUUGAAACCUGCUUCUAAUAAGAAUAGAUGAAUGGACCAGUGAUCUAACAUUAUAAAGUAGAUUCAUAUUUUUAUAUUCCUCUUAUUUAUGCAUUUUUUGUUGUGAGCUGUUUGGAGACCUAUGCACAAUAAGUGGCUAGCAAGUCUAAUAAAUACUAUCUACCUUUCCCUAGAGGGACGUGGGUGGUGCUGUGGGUUAAACCACAGAGCCUAGGACUUGCCGAUCAGAAGGUUGGCGGUUCGAAUCCCCGUGACGGGGUGAGCUCCCGUCGCUCGGUCCCUGCUCCUGCCAACCUAGCAGUUCGAAAGCACGUCAAAGUGCAAGUAGAUAAAUAGGUACCGCUCCGGCAGGAAGGUAAACGGUGUUUCCAUGUGCUGCUCUGGUUUGCCAGAAGCGGCUUAGUCAUGCUGGCCACAUGACCCGGAAGCUGUACGCUGGCUCCCUUGGCCAAUAAAGCGAGAUGAGCGCCGCAACCCCAGAGUCGGUCACGACUGGACCUAAUGGUCAGGGGUCCCUUUACCUUUAUAUGGUGGACAUAUUAACACCACAUGGCCUCAGUCUGGAGGACUGUACCAGCAUCACUUAGCUUCCAUCAAAAAAAAGAAAAAGGUUGAUUAUCUUGAAAAGUCUCCAGGUGGAUGCUUGAUAUCAUUAUGCAGUAGACUGUCCAAUCUAAUUUAUUUAAUUUUCCCUUUAGUAUCAGCUUUUUAUGGCCAGUGCUUGUUUAAAGUAUUUCUUGGAGGCAGUCUAACAUUCAAGGCCUAGGGGUAUUAAAUGAACUAGUCAACCAAAAUAUCAUAUAACUUAGGUCUCAGUAAUACUUGUGCCAUUACUAGUUUCUUCAAGAGAGGGCAUGUAUCUGCACAUGACAUGUUUGGGCUCUUGGCUGUCAAGAGCUCUAAAGGAACUGGGCAUAAAGAGGCAAGUGACUGAUGGGAGAGGAGAGUUCAUUGUGUAAGCAGAUCAACAGAUUUUUGACAGGUAGCUGAAGGUAAUAGGGUUGCCUUCUGUUGUAGAAAUGUUUGUAGGUCUUGAAAAUAAAUGUGUACCGUGUUCUGUUGACAAGUAACAUAACUUAAGUAUUGUAAUUUGUUUCCUAUUAGGGUGACAGGCGAAGAUGUAUUUGGAAUAACGGUGCCUCUUAUUACAAGUACCACUGGAGAUAAGUUGGGGAAAUCUGCUGGCAAUGCAGUUUGGCUAAACAGAAAUAGGACCUCUCCCUUUGAGUUAUAUCAGUACUUUGUCAGACAGCCAGAUAGCGCUGUUAAAAGGCAAGUACGUUUCUUAUCGAUCUAUGUGAAUUACUGUUCUAGAACAAAAUGACUGCUUUGCUAGUGUGUGGUAGUGGUUAGCGUCAGAUGAAAAAUGGGAAACAAAGCCACACCAAAUCAUCUUAGGCCAGUCACACACUCACCUAAUCUACCUUCCAGGAUUGUCAUGACUCAAAUGGGGGUAAAAACUAUGUAUGCCAUACUGAUUUCCUUUGGCAAGAGGUGGGGCAUAAAUUAAAAUUUAGAAUAUAUACACAAAAGGGUCCAAUCUAGCCCAGGCUAAAAAUAACUAAUGCAGCACUCAAAAUGUGUCCAAGGUUUUAGAGGUUUGUUAGCAAAAAAAUGUUAUUAACCUUGCAUAAACAAUAACAUAUUUUCUGCUUUCCAUUAGUGUUAGAAACUGAGAUAUGAAAACUAGGAGCUAAAUGGCACCUUACACCUAGGUUAUGGGCGCAAUAAUGGAAUGUCUAGGCACACUUUUUUAUAACAAGAAUACAAGGCUGAAAAUGAAUGAACUGUAGCUAAAAUAUUAUGUUCAUUUUUCACAUGGUCUAGUCCAGGGUUUCCCAAACUUGGGUCUCCAGCUGUUUUUGGACUACAACUCCCAUCAUCCCUAGCUAGCAAGUCCAGUGGUCAGAGAUGAUGGGAAUUGUAGUCCAAAAACAGCUGGGGAUCCAGGUUUGGGAAACACUGGUCUAGUCCUUCCCCUGCCUCCCCCAAACAUUCUUAAGAGGAUCUCUUCUCCAGUCUUCGGAGAGUAGCUGGAAGUGGGGAGGCAGAAAAAGGCCAUCCUUUCCUUCCACUCUGCAGUUUUAAUCCGAAAUCUUAGGCAUAGUACUGCUCCCAGCGCUCAGAAACUGCUCGUACUAAUGAAAUUCCCUGUCGCAAAAGGUGCCUAGAACAAUGAGAGUUUUGAACACUGAAUUGUAUUAUAAAACCUGCAUAUGGUGUUCUUUAACAUUUUUAUUAAGUCUCAAAAUACUCUGAGGUUCUGCUGCAUCUUUGACCACCUCUGAUUUUACUGUGCAGAGGGCUUGUGCUGUUGUACUGGUGCAAGAAAUAGUCUUGUCAAUAUCCUAAGCACAUAUUGUUACUGUAAAAACAAUACAAUGUUACUCUUUAAGACUUUGGUUGGUUUUGCAAAAACUAGACUGACACAGACACCCCUCUAUAUAUUGUUCAGAAGGCUUAGAUUCAGUAUUUUCAGUUUUUAAAAAGCAAUCAUAAAAAUGCAUUUUUGUUUUUACUCUGUCAUUAACAAGAUUAUGCUACUACUUUAAAAUUUUAAAAAUUUGCGGAAUCUAAAGCAUGGAUUGAGGGGCUGAAAUUAGUGUAGAUCUGCAUUGUCUGUUACAGAAGCAAAAUGUGGCUCUGAAGGCAGUCUUGUAUAGGGGAAAUUUUAAUGUUCAAUGUUGUAUCAUGUUUUAAUUUGUUAGACGCCACCCAGAGUGGCUGGGGUAACCCAGUCAGAUGGGGGGCAUAUAAACAAUAGAUGAUGAUGGUGGCUAUUUUCCCUUUAAGGUAUCUGAAGCUUUUCACUUUCCUCCCUCUUCCGGAAAUCCAACACAUUAUGGAAAUGCAUGCUAAAGAACCUGAGAAGUGGGGGCCCCAGAAACGGCUUGCUGCUGAAGUAACUAAGCUUGUUCAUGGGAAAGCAGGUCUGGAAUCUGCUAAGAGGUAAAGGAAGACUUAGGCUGUUAAUAUGUUUAUUUUUGGACCAAAAUGUUAAUGGAAACGCAGACAGGAAAUUUCAGCUUUGCAAAGAUGCAGAAUUUACAGAGGAGUCUUCUAAGUUGCUAACAUUGAUAAAAGCUACUUCUGCAAGUCUUGGUCAUAAUGUAAAUAUUGAUGAGUACUCUUUUUAUUUUAUGUUUUUAAAAACCAGGUGCACAAGGGCCCUUUAUUACAGUGACAUAGCAGCACUAGAGACCAUGUCCGACCAAGAGCUUCAAGAACUCUUCAGGGAAGCACCAUAUGUCGAGUUGAUGCUUGAACCUGGGACAACAGUACUUGAUUUGUGUCGGAAAGCGAAUGCUAUUGUAGAUGGACCAAGGGGGUAAGUUAAUAUUUACACAUUCUGCGGCAUUAAUUCUGUAGCUGCUUAGUCUAGAAACAAGCUUCAAGCUUAUCUGUUUCUACUUAGUAGGCAGCCUCAUUGUGUGAGACAGCCUUCCUGGUGAGGCUGCAUCUCUUACCUGACCUCCCUCUGGCCAAAUUGCCACUGGGUACCAUGACCAGAGAGGGGGGUAGUACAUACCUGAUGGAAGAUCCAAUAUGGUACUUCUGCUGCCACCUCCUCUUCCCCUCUCCUGUCACAGUACAGUGGUGCCUCGCAAGACGAAAUUAAUCCGUUCCGCGAGUCUCUUCGUCUUGCGGAGCACGGCUAUUAGCAGCUAUUAAUGUCUUAGUGGCUUUAAGAAAAAGGAAACAAACUCGCAAGAACUCGCAAGACGUUUCGUCUUGCGAAGCAAGCCCAUAGGGAAAUUCGUCUUGCGGAACGACUCAAAAAACGGAAAACUCUUUCGUCUAGCGAGUUUUUCGUCUUGCGAGGCAUUUGUCUUGCGGGGCACCACUGUAUGCAGCAGGAGUUCAACUGUCUGCUAUUGCCUGUAUGUCUGUGGCUGAGUGAGUUUCUACCCUAAUUUGUCAUCACUGACAGGUUAUUAUAACUUUAAACUAUUGUAAGGUGGUCUAGCUCUAGCCGUGUCAUUGACUGUACAAUUUCUUUUUUCAAGGUAUCGUGACAUAAGAAGUGGUGGAGUUUCUAUAAACCACAUUAAAGUAACUGAUCCCGAUGCUGUUCUUGUUCUUGGACAACAUAUUCUCAAUAAUGGCUUGUCACUCCUUAGAAUUGGAAAAAGAAAUUACUAUGUUGUGAAAUGGCUUCAGUUGUCACACGAAGAACAAAAAUGCUGAGGUUCUUUUCAAGUAUGUUAUGAGUGCAUUUUACUUCAUGGACUGAGAACACACACCAAACAACUCGCAAGAACUGUGGUGUGAAUUGCUUUUUCUCACUGUGUGAGACUCGGUAUCGUCUAGAAAUUGGAUGGCAUCUUAAUUCGUACUUAAAUCAUGAAAUGAGGAGGAACUCUAUGGUACAAUGCAGAGUUUAUCCAAAGAAAGCAACUGUUGAAAUAUGUUAUCGUAAGUAUUGGUUAUAAAACGUUUGUCUACAAUAAAGGUAACUAAAUUAAUCCUGAAAGUUAUUAUUACUUGCAUUGUUAGUGUGGAAAGGAUGUGAAAGGAUGUGACAUAAGAACCCAUUUCCGUUUGAAGUAGUGACAAGCCAGGCAGCUAGCUCCUGAGCCCACAGAUAACCUAAUUUUCAUUGUUUUUAAUGGGUUUUAAAUUUUUUUUUUAAAUAGUAUUUAUUGAUAAUUUCAAAAUUACAAGAAAAAUAAAAAAUAAAAAACAACACUACAAUACAAAAAGAGAAAAAAGAAAAAGAAGACAAUAAAAAUAAAAAAGAGAGAAAAGCACAAAAUGUGAAAACCAAUAUGACAAUACAGCAAGAAAAAAAGGAAAAAAAAAGAAAAUAACACAAAUCCCAAAUUGCAUAUCCAUAAUUUCCAUUUGCUUGUUUCAUUGACCUCCUCACACCUCCGUUUUUGUAUUCUAGUUUAGUAAUUAUUUCAGCAAAUUCUUUCCAUCUUUCUCAAUUUUUGUUAUAAAAUUUAUCUUAACAAUUUAACCUAAUAAUUAACUCAACAAAUCCUUACCAUCUUUCCCCAUAUUCUAUUAUUCAGAUUACCUUAAUUUAUUUAACCUUAUCUUACCCCUAAGUGCCUUAAGACUUAAAUCUUAAAUUUCAAAUAUACAUAACUCCUAAUAACAUUUCUGCUAGAGUCGUAUAGUUUCAUUCCCACAUUUUCCCUAAUAUUCAUUAAGCUGAUUCUAAAAUAAAAAAGUUUCCAUUAUAAAUUCUCUUCCAAUCAUCAUCCAGCGUCUCGUCUUCCUGGUCUUGGGUCAUGUCAGUCCUUAUUGUCCAUUCCGUCUAGUCCAUCAACCUGGAAGCCUUAUGUCCGAGGCCCUUAAAUCUCUUCCAUAUCCCUUCUGCAAUUCUUCUUCAUCUUGUUUGUACUUGCCCUUUUCCUUGUCUCUUGUUGGUCUCUGUCUUAGUUCCUUUUCUUUCUCAAUGAGGAGUAGGUCUCUGGGGGAUUCCAACCCAAAAUUGUCUCCAUCACCCUUCAUCCAGCUCACCCAUUCCCCCCAGUCCCACUCCCCACAGUCCUCGAUAUAAUCCAAAAUGAAUUUAAAGUCAAAUUUCAAGAUCUCUCCAAAGCUAGGAAUCUCCUCAUCUCCAGAUUCCCCUUGGCCCAUCCAGCUUCAAUCUUCAAUAACAGCGGCUUAUGCUCCUGUAGGGCCUCAGGUCUCUCCAUUUGUACUAUUUGAGGUGCAGCCACAUCCUCCUCCAUUGUCAACUGCACUUGCCCAGUCGGUACAGAUUGAUAGGUUAGUUCUUGGAUGAUUUCUGUAUCAAUGUUAUUAACCACAACAGUCAAAUCCAUUUUCUCAUUCAUCAAGGCCAUCUUUUCAUGCAUCUGUUCCAGCAAAGCAUUUGUCUUGCAUAGAGCGAGUAGCCAGUCUUUCUCCCAGCUCAUCUUUGUUCAAGGUCGGAAAAGACUGUUCCCACAGUCUUAAUCUCACAGAUGUUGGGUCUCAAAUAUGCUGCAACAACAAUUUAGCAAGCUCCCUCUAGAGGAGACAAUCUACUUGUAUCCAUUUUUUUUUUUUAAAGACAAAGGAAAGUUACUUUCAUUUUUCAGAUAUUUCAGACGUUUUUCAAAUAUUUUGUUUCUUUAGGAUGCAAAAGGCAACAUUAGAAUCAACUUGUUUCUCUUCAUUGGCUAUCUGUCAAAGUGUUACGUUCACAGUCAAUGAACCUCGGCAACAGUUUCUGUCUCUGACACCCCGUUCCCAGGUUAGAGACGGUGGAAACUUAUCCUUCUUCACUCCCUCUCCUGCUAGGGUUAAACAGAGUCCCCCCCCCCCUUUUUCUCCUGCUUCCAAGGGGGGUUUCAGUGGUUCUAAAUGAAGGAAAUUUAGUUUUUUUUAACAGCUUCCCGGCUUUAGCUUGCAAAAUUUUUGCUUUAGUCUAUAUACAAAAAAGCGGAAGGCGGACUUCCUGUUUACACCUUCCCGCUUCGAUACCAAAUUAAAACAAUUUCUUGAUCCAAUUUUCCGUUUCUACUCACGGGUACUUGUUUUAAGUCCAAUUGUCCACAGGAAAAGUCAGCGCUCUCUGGCAAUGGCUGUGCGGCUUCACUCCGUGAAAGUAGCAGUCAGUUCGUAGCACCGCGCUUCUCACCCCACUUCGCUCCGGAGCCCCUAGAUGGGAUUCCCCGCGAGUAGGGGGGCGCUUCUGGUGCCCUGCCGAACCCCACGUUCCCAGGCUUCCUCCGCCUGGGAUUUCUAGCGGGUCCCCACCUUCGCCGCGGCGGGAAGACCCAGUUUCCCCGGAGCCCGUUUCUCCGGUUGGAGGAACUCCGCCAUUCACCAAUGGCGCUGACCUGGAAGUCCUAAUGGGUUUUAAUUUUUUGAAACCAAGUUAUUUUAUAAACUAUUUUAUGUUCUGGAAGCUGGAGGACAGAAGAGUAUGGCACUGUCAUGCCAACAGCAAUUAGGUUUUAAUAAGACGUGAGAAUCCAUUUUUUACCCUAAACAAUAUAGUGCUUGUUUCAUUACUCAGUUGAACUUUCUGCUUUGUAAUCAAGCUGUUUUUGAGCAAAACAUGGUCUGGGGUCGAUGCCUUGAGGUUGCUCUAUGAUGAAUGUAUAUGGAGAUUAUGCUCCCAUGUAGCAGGUAAUGGAGUGUGGGAUUUGUAACUCAGGGUGUAAUUUAUCUUUCUAUGGAUAGUACAGAGGUCCAGCAGACCUAAAAGCUGUUCUUACAACAUGCAGAUUGGACUAGAUAACCUUCACAGUUCCUUCCAACUGCAGUUCUACGAUUCCCAGCUAACAGGGAGUUCCUUAGGUUUUAAGCAAAGUAUAGUUAAUAUAGGUCUACUGCCUCAGAGUUACAGUAUGUAUACCCUGUGAACAGUUGGGCCUCUGAUCCAAUAGUGGUUUUGUCCAGACUGCCAUAGUAGGUAGAAGCUCCCUAUCUCAAAAAUUUGGGUUGAAUUUUACACCUUUAAAUAACACCUACUCAAAGAGGCUGCUUGUACAAAUGAGUUAGCUGGUGAACUUCACACCUUCUGAAAUUUAUUGUAGCUAUAUAACUUGACAUAGUGACCUAGUGUUUACCCCUAACCCAUUAGCAACUGUCUCAGCAAGUGAAGUUAAAUACUUUAAAAUGUGGUUUAUUGAUGUAAAACUCAUUUCUACACAAUCAGCUUUAUUUACAAAAGUAACUACAUACAUUUGGUACUGAUGAUGGAUAAACUACCCUUCAGUCUGCAUAGGUUAAAUGUUCUUUCAAUUCGCUUAUGCAUUUUCAAUUCUAAGUUGGACUAGACAGUGAUUUUUUAAAAUACGUACAGCUGUGUAGUUCCAUUGCCUUAGAUACAGAAGCCUAAAAGGCAGGAUGAAAAUCACUCUAAAUGCAGUCACACCCACCCACACACCCCGAUGAUUCAAAGUGCAUAAUAUAGUACAUCGCAUGCUAACCUUGUAGAAACGUGGUUUGUUCAAUCCUGUGCAAGCAAUACUGAAAGUGCUAGUACAGCAGUGGCAUUAGUAACUGCUAUUUUAAAUAUAUUCACAGCUGCUGAUAUUACUUGAAACUAUGUGAGACUGAAAUGGUCUAUUUGAAAACUUCAUGGCAGUAUGAAGAGAUUUUCUAGUGAAGACUGGCUUGCCCUUUAAAACCUUAGCGAUCUCAAUUCAGAUGGAGCAGGGCUGGGGAACUUUUUGUUCCCCAAAGCUGCAUUUCCUCUUGUCGCUCUGGGAGCUGCAUGCCACAUGUGGCUAUGGUGACCGCUGCAAACAUAGAACACGGUCCUGCACCCCCCAAAAAAAUACUGCUGAAGGAAUGUGUGAUGUUGGAGAAUGUGGGUUAAGCUUCCAUCAAGAACAUCACUGCAAUAGUUUUGACAAACACCGUUGGAGUCAGUAGAAAGUGUUUGUGUGGCUUGUAGGCUGGUGGGCUGGCAGUUCCCUGCUCCUUGUGUAGUUUAGUAUUUUUUAGGGCAAGAUUGCCUUUAGGAAUUCUUUCAAGGGGUAGUAAUCCACAGAUGAUCUAUAUACUCAGCAUCUUGUUGAACAUUGGCAUGCUUCAAAAUCCAUGGUUAUCACAGAAGUGUCAUAAAUUGAAACAAUAUUGAGGCUGAAAAGGUUAAGUUUCCACCAUAAGACUUAAUUCCCCACCUCUGUACCACCCUGAAAUCUGAUGGGGGGCAGUGAGAUUAUAAGUAAUAAAUAAAUAAGCAAUAUAUUAAUGUGAGGAACCUUUUACUGGCUCAAAGCUGUAUCCUGGUGUCCACAUGCCAGUGAUGAAUACAGCAAAUGGGGGCAGAGCAACAAAUGUAAUUAUAAAUUUUAGUUUUUUACAGUAAUUUCUACAUAUGUCUCCUCUAUCCUCCAUCCAGGCAACCAAGAGCUGUAUCAGAAUUCAAGGACCCAUUCCAGCUAUGCAAAAAUGUUCAGGGUGCAAGGCCAAUGACCAGUGUGGCUUGGGAAAGAAUUAUGAGGGUCACAUAAGGGGGCCUAGGCUGUGGUUCACCAUACAUGGUAACUAUUUGCACAUUACUAUACCUCUGAUAUCCAGCAAGCAAGGAUAUAUGUUGAAUCCCACUUCCAUGGGACAGUGCUCAUUGGUUUCACCAGGCCAUGUCUUAAUGUGUCUGGCAAAAUCAAUACCUUUUAAAACAGUGGAUGAGACAGGCUAAAUUAGAAUGCAUAGUAAUUUGACAUCUACUCAGAAUUAAUUCUUACGUUAUCUUUUUUUAUCCUCUGACAAAUUUAUCAAACAUCCUCUAAAGGCCUUUAACCAUUGCAGGUCAGCAACCUUGUUAAUUUAUACCAGAUGUUGCUGAACUACAACACCAAUUGGUCCUAGCAAGCACAGCCAGGGAUGGUGAAUGUUGUAGCUAGUAACAUCUAGUGGACCAAAUGUCCCCACACCUGAUACUUACUAUCACUGGGGUGGUUUUUUUUUUAUAAAAAAAAUAGUGACUUCUGGAAGUUUUCACCUUUACAGGUUAAUUCUUUAGUGAAACAUGAUCACAUCAAUCUAGAUGUUUAGCCCCAUCAGUAGUGUGUUCUUGUUUCAUGCUCUAAAUUACUUUAGCCCGUUCUUCCUUCUACCUGGCAUGACCCCCACCAGUCAACAGCAGUUCAUGGGUACCCUUACCCCUCACUGGACUGGGUUUCCCUCUAGUCAGUCUUUUGUUUUUGUAUUUCUGUAAACAUAGGGGUUGUCCCACCCAUACUGCCUACUUGGGUAUGGGGUGGUGCCCUUUUGGUUACUUAAGUGACAGCAUUCUUGCCUGAAGAACAGAAAUAGAGGGAAUGAGAUAAUUCUACGUUAGCGGGCACUAGGUACAGGUUCACUGAACUUAGUAGGAGGUUAACAUACCCCUCAGGAGGCUGACUCAAGUACCAUCAUGCCACAGAUUUGUCAAAGCAUCAGAAGCGAUCUUAAAGCAUGAUUUUAUUUUCAAUAUGCUUGCUGUAUGUAUGAUUUUUGAAGAAGGUUCCAAGUGCCUGCACCCUUAAAGGCACCAUCACAAUUAUGUUUAAAUAUACUGUAAGGGGAAGAAGAGAGAAAUAGCAUGUUUUCAAACUGCUACUGAACAUUCCCAUUUAAUGUCCAAUACCUUUUGUCUCAAAUGUAAGCUCAGUUUACUCUUUUCAGCCUGUUGUGUAAGGACUGAGUGGAUAAAAUCCUGUACACAAUGUGUGAAGGCCAAGGGUUUAUUUUUUCCCCACAAGUACACAGGUUGAGGGAGGCAAUAUGUACUUAGGAUAUGCACCUCACAGCAAUCUAAAAACAUAGUUCUUCCAACGUAACACAUAUUUUCCUUCCAUGCAGGAAAAAUGAUGUGUGUGAGCAGGUGUACUGUGCUUUAAACAUAAACUUACAAAAUUUUAAGGAACUAAAGUGUCAUUACUGUUGAUUUUGGUGACUAUGGCAGACAAUCAAGCAAGUUACCACACCAACACGUAAGAUGAAAGUAGCUCAAAAACAGUAAUGGGUUGGGACCAUUGAAUUAAUCUAAAGGCCAGGUGCUUUUACAUCAAUAUUUUCUAAAGUUUCUCUACUUUUCAAUGAUUUAGGAGAAACCUGAUCUGCCACAAUACCUUUUAAUAUUGCUGUUUUGUUAGUCUGGAACUCUACAAGUGGAUUGUCCACGGGUUUUGGUCCCAGACAUGAGGAUUCUUCAAAUUCUGAUUACUUCUUUGUUGAUAACGCUUCUUAGCAGAAUCUCCACUUACUCCAGAUUUAUCUAGCUAAAGGACAAAAAUAGCCAAUGCAUUUUGGAAGUUAGCCAGAUAUUUCUUUUAAGGUUCUAAAACAUGAGGGUACACAUUACACAGUUAUAAGGCAGUAUUUCUACUGUGCGGUUUAUCUGUUUGAGACUUUAGAGUGCAUGCAAUUAAAUUCAUCUUAAAGAAAAUAUCAUGGUGUCCUUUCUUCAUGGUUGAAAAACCUAUAUUGCAAAACCAGCUUAAAAGGCUACAUCACAAUACUACACUGUUCAUCCUAUCCACAGGCAACUCAUUUAGCAAGCCAGGCACUGGAAUUUUUACAUGGUUCUUUCCUUAAGUUCAGUCCAGUCCAAUUCCUCACAGGAGAACAGACCUUGGUCUUUGCACCAGGAAACUAGUAAAGAAAAUAUGUUGAUUAUAUGAGACUUGUUUUGCAAGUACAGCAUACUUUUCUGUCCGUAGAAAGCCAAACUGAAUUGUCUUUAUGUGAGCAGAUUUAUACAUACUGCAGUAAACAUAGAAGUUCAUAAGUAUAUAUAACGCCUAGCAAUUUUCAAGUCAUCCAUUUCUUCAUCCAGCUGGAGAAGCCCUUCACCAAAGGUGUGUCUCUCGAAUCUCAGCAAUAAUAUGACUGGCUCGCUGCAAGGCCUAGGACAAGAACAGAAAUUGCUGAGAUUUAUACUUGUCAAGUCACAGGCAGAGAUAAACCACAAAAGUGAUACAAUAAAAAUCAUUGGGCAAUAAUUAAGUGAUGGCUGAAUAUGGUAGCACGAGGGGUGAGGCCAACAAAGCACUGACCUCUGCAAGAUGCAAGACCUCACAUGCUGCAAGAUUCAGGGAAGAUGGGUUGGUUUGGUUCAUAAACCAAGCCAAAACACUGCUUAUUUCUGAUCAUGUCUAUAGCCAAUGAACUUUGCAUACAGUCCUAUCUGGAAAAGGAAUGGUAGAAAUUCUCAUGACCUCAGCCAAAGAGUGCACUAACUGGAUCUUAAAUUUUGGGUCCACUACAACCGCAUCUUGUGCACGUUUAACUUGAACAAUUUCAACCCUACACCGUCGAAGGCCAUCUGGUUGAAAUCCCACAAGUUAAAAGUGAAGCCGGCAUGCGGAAAGGGCCUUGCUUCCCAAGCAAGGCAGAGAGCUUCAAAGCUCUUUUUGUACGUUCUUGCCUCUACAUACCAGGUCUGGGAUGCUCCCACAAGAUCUCAGAGAACCAAACCCCCAUGUAAGACACAAUUGUGAGGCUGACGGUGGCAGAGUAUGAAAAUAACUAUACUAGUGUACAUAACAAAACUAACUUGGCUUGUUACAGAAAAGGGACUGCAGUACCUGUAACAUAUCAGCUGCCUCCUUCCUGCGCUGAGCCAUGUCCUCUGAUUCAGUCAAAAGGUCAUCCAGCAAUAAGGCUUUGUACAGCUGUCCUACUAGCUCACUCUGAAGAGAGUCUUUCACGUGGUUAACCAAAAAAUGCAUCACUGCUUUUGGCACACUGCAAGCAAGCAAGCAAAUAAAUCAAGCACAUAACUCACGGAGCUAAGGGUUCUUUCUUAAAUUUAUAUACCACCCUUCACCCAAAGAUCACAGGGCAGAUUACAACAUAAAAACACAAAAUACACAACAAUGAUUAAUAACCUUCCCCCGAACACUUAAAAGACCAUAGACUAUUUAACCAUCAAAGGCCUGGUUGAAGAGGAAUUAUUUUUGUCUGGCACCUAAAAAUAUGUAAUGAGGUGCCAGGUGAGCCUUCCUAGGGAGAACAUUCCACAAGCAGGGAGCCACCACAUAAAAGGCCCAUUCUCAUGUUGCCACUCUUCAGAUCUCUCAUGGAGGGGGCAUAUGAAGAAUGACCUCAAGUGAUGGUUGCAGGGUCCAGGUUAGUUCAUAUGGAAAGAGACAGUCCUUGUAUUGGGGUCCUGAGACAUGUAGUCAAAACCAACUGUUUGAAUAGGGCCCAGAAACCAAGUUGCAGCCAAUACAGUUGGGUUAGGAUCAGUGCUAUAUGCUCAAACUGUUUUUCCGGGUGAGCAAGCUGGCUGCUGAAUUCUGCAACAGCUGAAGUGCCCAAACCAUCUUCAGAGGCAGCCCAACGUAUAACACAUUGCAGCAAUCUAGCCUACAGGUUACGAGUGUAGGUAACAGAAGUCAGACUACCCCUGUCCAGAAAGGUGUGUAGCUAGGGCACCAGCCAAAGCUGGUAUAUGGCAUUCCAUGCUACUGAGGCCACCUCAGACUACUCUGAGCAGACUGACUUAAAUGAAUGAACUUGUUACUUACAUUCAUUAAUUUCAAUGGAUCUACUCUUGAGAUAGACUAACAUUGGUAUUUAUAACACAUGGUUUUAGACUAUCAUUUGGUAAUAAAUUGGUUGUAUGAUACAUGUAUUUUGUAUUUACAGAAUUUAGAAACAACAACCCUGAAGAUAACUCGCAAUAUGGCAACAUUUGUUUCCGUGCUAAAACACCAAAACUCUAAAACUUCAUGGUUAUUUUUGUGAAACAGUCCGUUAGAACUGAAGUACAGGAAAGAAACUACAUAGAGCUGCUCAACUGUAUAUUUUGAACAGUAAAAAAUACUAUCGGAAUUAAUAAUAAAGCAAUGAGAGGGUCAAAUCCUGAAAAAGUAAGAUCGCAAACCUGUCUUGUAUGUUCUUCCUCACAAUCAGGAAGUAGGAUUUGAUAAGGCGUUCAAUCACCUCGCAGUCUCGUUGCUCUCGGGCUGAAAGCUUGCGUGCAACAGGAACAGGCUGAUGCAGGAAAAAGCAGAGUCAAAAAUAUUUCAUGAGCCUGCAGUUCCACUGGACUUCAAAAAGGACAGUCAGGUUCAGACGGAACUACAAGAAGGUGGCAAAUACACCUGGAUUUUAGAGGUGGCUUCCGUCUGGUGACAUAACAAUGCUGGCAAGUGUCAAGAGAAUUUUUUUUUAAAAAAAACAAAUUGUUAAUAUGAGGCUUUACAGAUUAAAACCUUGGAGGUGACACAACAUACCUGACUCUUGGGGGAAAUGGUGGCAUCAUUGCUGUCACUUGUGAACAAGUCACAAUAGAUCCUGGGCCUUAAAAAAAGAUGACAUGCUGUUCUUUGCUGGAGUGAAUGGACAUUGUUCUUGAGAAAUAUGCCAGGUCUAAGAACACAGCUCCUCAAAAUUGAGCUUUUUAUUCUUUGUGUUUUUAAGAGCAUGUUUCCAGCCCUUAAUAUUAUAGAGUAAAGCUUAUGGACAUGACAACAUCAUCACUAACAAAGCCACAAACAGCCUGGGAAAACUCAAGCUACUCCAUAUUACAUAUAUUUCCUGUAUAAACAGUGCAUAUCCUUGUUUAAAAAUAACCCAUGAGUCUCACCUCUCUCCAUCUAUCAUUUCAACCUCUGUUAAAAUGACAGUCUGUGCAAUCGGCUACAAAAAUCACAGUGGCAGGAUGGUACAGAAUGCACAAACCAGUAGCAUUUUGCUAUUAAACGAUUAGUUGAAUUAUUGUACUGUCAUUUAUAAGCCACUCUGAGAGCCCUUUUAGAUAAAGAGUGGGUUAUAAUGUUCUAUUCCUCUCCUACUGCAUGAAAUCUGAACCACCCUGUCCAUUUUGCUAAUUUGCACAUGAUAGUCCAACUGAAUGUAUAAAUAUAGUGGUGCAUAAUUUGGUACAGAGUUAGCAUGUAAAAUAUGCAGCUGAUAUAAAUUAAGUACUUGUUCGCACAAACCAAAAGUACCUUUUAGAAUUCAUGGUGAUCAAUAAAUUUGUAUUCCCCCACCCCUAAAGAAUACCUCUAUCCUGGCUACUAGCUACAAUAUACUUUUGGGACGCGGGUGGCGCUGUGGGUAAAACCUCAGCGCCUAGGACUUGCCGAUCGCAUGGUCGGCGGUUUGAAUCCCCGCGGCGGGGUGCACUCCCGUCGUUCGGUCCCAGCACCUGCCAACCUAGCAGUUUGAAAGCACCCCCGGGUGCAAGUAGAUAAAUAGGGACCGCUUACCAGCGGGAAGGUAAACGGCGUUCCGUGUGCUGCGCUGGCUCGCCAGAUGCAGCUUGCCACGCUGGCCACGUGACCCGGAAGUGUCUGCGGACAGCGCUGGCUCCCGGCCUAUAGAGUGAGAUGAGCGCACAACCCUAGUCUGUCAAGACUGGCCCGUAUGGGCAGGGGUACCUUUACCUUUUACCCCUAAAGAAUACCUCUAUCCUGGCUACUAGCUACAAUAUACUUUUGGCUGACAGCCAUGUUUAAAAACGGGGGUUGAGAACAUAACUCAAAAGGACCAAACCCUGCCCACUCCUAAGUUCUGUGAGGAGCACACCCUGCUCUUCUUGUACCAGCUUGCAAAUUUUGUUCCUAUGCUGAGAACUCACCACAUCCAGCAAAUUUACAGCAUGGCCUCUUUGAGGGCUAGCAGGUAGGACCGUUACUGGUUUUGAUUUUUCCUCAGCUAAUAUUUCCUCAGCUCUGGAGGUUUUCAGCAUGCCUCUCCAGUUGCCUGUUCCGGCUUCCUGAGCUCCAUCUCCCACAGCAGAGGAUGUCUAAUACAAAGAAAAUAUACAAUACCCAAAUUCCAAUCAGUUAUUUGCAAGGAAAAUGUCCUGCGUUCCAAAUGCUUGAUUAUUAGUGAUUCAUUUAAUCCCAUUCUACAUGCAAGAAAUUAAAUCUUCAAUUUAACACACACACCAUUGAGGAAGGUUAGACUGAAUAGUGCCCUAAAUACACACAGAAAGCCAUCUCCAGAAAAGCCCAAAUGCCACCAACUUUGCCUGGCUCCAAAAAGCAGAAAGACUUUCCAACUUGCCCAGGCAUUCCAGCAUAGUUUACAACUGGCAUUAGUGUUUGGUUUUAUGGCUCUGAUGGAUUUUAUUGAUAUUACGACUGCAUGAUAUUUACUGUUUAAUGGAGUUUUAAUGUAUUCAAUAUUUCAGUUUGAAUGUAGCAGCCUUGGAAGCCACAACAUGCUGGAUGACGGGGAGGUUUAUAAACUGCCUAAAUAAAUAAAAACAGUGACAAGCUACCCAGUGAGCUUCAUAGCU